AUGGCAGAACUUCUUCUUGGGGAGUCCAAACUAGAACAAUUUUUGAAGGAAAACGCUCUAAAACAGAGUAGUAGUCCACUGGGCCCCCGGCCAAAGCUGACUGAGGUCAGGAAACAUCUCACGGCGGCACUUGAUAGGGGAAACCUAAAGCCAGAAUUCUUACAAGAAGCUAACCUAAUUAUGGCCAAGCUAAACUAUGUGGAAGGUGAUUACAAAGAAGCUCUGAACACAUAUGCCAGAGUUGGAGUUGAUGACUUGCAGCUAGCUGCAGUGCCACCAUAUAGGCUACGGAUGAUUGCUGAAGCGUACUCUACUAAAGGUCUCUGUCUUGAGAAGUUGCCAAUUUCUUCUUCAGCUAGCAACCUCCAUGUGGAUCGUGAACAAGAAAUUGUUACAUGCUACGAGAAGGCUGGGGAUAUUGCUCUUCUGUACCUUCAGGAGAUAGAAAGGGUAAUUAAUGCCAAUAUACAAAACAGAAGCCCUAAGCCAGGGCCCACUGCACAUGAACAAGAACUUGGUUUUUUCUUGGAAACAGGACUUCAAAGAGCACAUGUUUUAUAUUUCAAGAAUGGGAACUUGACGAGAGGAGUUGGUAGAUUUAGAGAGUUACUAAGAGCUGUCGAAACAAGAACUACACAAAAUCUGCGAAUGACAAUAGCAAGACAACUGGCUGAAAUUUUGUUACGAGGCAUGUGUGAACAGAGUUAUUGGAAUCCACUGGAAGAUCCUCCUCACCAAUCACCCCUAGAUGAUCCACUUCGAAAAGGUUCAAAUACUAAGACUUACGCACUCAGUAGAAGACCGCGGGUAUACACUGGAGAAAACAUCUUUUGUCCUCAAGAAAAUACAGAAGAAGCCUUACUGUUGCUGCUUAUUAGUGAAUCUAUGGCUAACCGUGAUGCUGUACUGAGCAGAAUACCAGAACACAAGAAUGAUCGUAUCAUCAGUUUGCAAAGUGCAUCUGUAGUCUACGAUUUACUUACUAUAGCCUUGGGAAGAAGAGGCCAAUAUGAAAUGCUCUCAGAGUGUUUAGAAAGAGCCAUGAAGUUUGCGUUUGAAGAGUUCCAUCUCUGGUAUCAAUUUGCGUUGUCCUUGAUGGCAGCAGGAAAAUCUGCUCGAGCUGUUAAAGUCUUGAAGGAAUGUAUACGUUUGAAACCAGAUGAUGCAACUAUUCCGCUCCUUGCUGCAAAGCUCUGUAUGGGAUCUCUGCACUGGUUGGAAGAAGCUGAAAGAUUUGCCAAAACAGUUGUUGAUCUUGGGGACAAAACAUCAGAGUUCAAAGCAAAAGGCUACUUGGCACUGGGAUUGACUUACAGUCUGCAGGCUACUGAUGCAUCAUUGCGAGGGAUGCAAGAGGUCUUGCAGAGAAAGGCUCUUCUUGCAUUUCAGAGGGCUCACAGUUUGUCUCCAACAGAUCAUCUGGCAGCAUUUUACUUGGCACUGCAGCUUGCCAUAUCCAGACAGAUACCAGAAGCUUUGGGUUAUGUUCGUCAGGCUCUGCAGCUACAAGGAGAUGAUGCCAACUCUCUUCAUCUCCUUGCACUCUUGCUGUCAGCCCAGAAACACUAUCAUGAUGCUUUGAAUAUCAUUGAUAUGGCCUUGAGUGAAUAUCCAGAAAAUUUUAUAUUACUGUUUACAAAAGUCAAAUUGGAGUCCCUGUGCAGAGGCCCAGAUGAAGCACUCCUUACCUGUAAACACAUGCUCCAGAUUUGGAAAUCCUGCUACAAUCUCACUAACCCAAGUGAUUCCGGACGUGGGAGCAGCCUGUUAGACAGAGCUAUUGCUGAUAGACGACAGCUUAAUACAAUUACAUUACCAGAUUUCAGCGAUCCUGAAACAGCCUCUGAUACUUCCUCAUCUUCUCUCUCAAGAACAGAGUCUCCUCUCCAACUGUUUGUAUCUUCUCAUCUUCCUCAUCCUCAUCCUAAACCAGAUACCUUUGUCUGGCCCCAUGCAGCCUCUCCAUACUGUGACCAAGUUCCUGAGCCCUGUACACCUUCUCACUGUUCGGUCCAUGCCACAUCAAUAGCAGCUUCCAGAGUGGAGCAAGCACUGUCUGAGGUUGCUUCAUCUCUGCAAAGCAGUGCCCCUAAACAAGGCCCCCUGCAUCCUUGGAUGACUCUGGCUCAAAUAUGGCUUCAUGCAGCUGAAGUCUACAUAGGGAUUGGGAAGCCUGCUGAGGCCACAGCGUGUACCCAGGAAGCAGCUAAUCUCUUUCCCAUGUCGCACUACGUUCUCUACAUGAGAGGUCAGGUGGCUGAACUUCGUGGAAAUAUCGAUGAAGCCAAACGCUGGUAUGAAGAGGCCUUAUCUAUUAGUCCUACCCAUGUGAAAAGCAUGCAGAGGCUGGCUCUGAUACUUCACCAGCUCGGGCGCUACAGCUUGGCAGAGAAGAUUCUCAGAGAUGCCGUCCAGGUGAACUCCACGGCCCAUGAGGUCUGGAACGGCCUGGGAGAGGUGCUGCAGGCUCAAGGCAAUGAUGAUGCCGCGACCGAAUGCUUCCUGACGGCACUGGAGCUUGAAGCUAGCAGUCCCGUGGUCCCUUUCACCAUCAUUCCCAGAAUCCUUUGAGAGGGCAUCUCGAUCAACCGAUUUUGGUCUGACUUCUGGGUGAGGAAACCCAGUGUGUCAGGCUGCCUGGUAACUGGUUAGUUUGAAAAACUUUAGAGCUUCAGGUAGCAAACUCCAGUCUUUUGCAGAAAAGUGGCCAAAACAGUGACGUGAUGCAAUAUAUUAAUGUUAGACUGAGAGGACAAAAUGGCUAGCCAGAACCAAAUCACUCCUAUCGCCUACAUUUUUGCCCUGGUAGUUUUAAAACAUCGUUAUAUUGUUCAUGGAUGAUGUGCCAUAUUUUGUUAGUGAUACUUGAGUGUUACAUAAAAUUAUAAUGGAAUCAACUACCAAAUGUAGAAUAAGUUAAAAUUCAGUGGCAGAGCAGACUAUUUUUAACAAGGCUGUUAAUAAAACUGUUCUCUUCCUGCCUCUCAACCUCUUUUGGCCCAAAGUCAAAAUGUGAAUUUUCUGUUUCCAUCUCUAUUUUAGUCCAGGCCAGAAAAUCAGUUGAGUUCUUGUUUUUAGUUGUUAAUAACUGUGAUGUGUGGCUAACUGUUAUCUCUAUUUAGAGCAAAGGCUGAGUACAAGAAUAUUUAUAUUUUACCAAUGUAUGCCUGUUACAAAAAAUAUAUUAGUUAUUUAAGUUUAACUUUUUUAUGUGAAUUCAGAGUUUAUUUAUCAAUGGAAAUAUGUAAAAAAGAAGCCUCAAAUGGAAUAUUUACCGACAUUCCUUAUACAUGUCCCACACUUGGCUAAAUGGGAAGAUUAUGUUAAUAAUAAAAUGAUUUUUAAAUGGAA